AUGGCUAAGGUUAACACAGCAAUUGCUUGCUCGCGACGGAAGUCGCGCAAGGCGCACUUCAGCGCUCCAUCCAGCGAGCGCCGAACCAUCAUGAGUGCCCCAUUGAGCAAGGAACUCCGUGAGAAGCACAACGUUCGAUCGAUACCCAUUCGCAAGGACGACGAGGUCACCAUCGUCCGAGGAACCAACAAGGGCCGUGAGGGAAAGAUCACAUCCGUCUACCGUCUCAAAUAUGUCGUCCACGUCGAGCGAGUCAGCAGAGAGAAGUCCAACGGCCAAUCUGUCCCAAUCGGAAUCCACCCCUCCAAGGUCGUCAUCACCAAGCUAAAGAUCGACAAGGACCGUGAGAGCAUCCUCGAGAGAAUUGGUAACGGACGCACCGCCAGAGCCUCCAAGUCCUCUUAA